AUGUCCACCGUCACCACAACCCAGUCUCGGUCCCUCGGGAGCCAUGCGGCGCUGUACGGAGGGAGGAGGCAAGCCAUGCCCGGCUCCGCGUCCAAUGCCGUGGAGCCGGGGGUCAGGGGGCCAAGCCCGCUGUCCAACUCCUCCACCCUGAACUCCUGGAUGUUCGACGCCAUCGGCGUGGGCCCGGACGACUUCCUGGGCGGCUCCCUGCAGGCCCUGCCGUCCAUCGACGGGCCUGGGGCCAGCACCCGCCAGCCAGAUGGCCAGGGCUCCCUGCAGCACAGGCCCGGACAGUCCAGUCUGGAAGAGGGGUUGGGGCGCGGCUCCCUCUUCGAUGACAUGUUCCCCUCCUCGGUCCCCAGCGGCCUGCCCUACGUCGACGACUACUCGCUGGGAGCCGGCACGCCGGCGCUGGAGUCCCCCAACGAUGCCCCGGCCGUCCAGAUAUCACCGGUGGAGCUGGGAGGCCAGCCCGGCGACCUGGCGCUGGAGGUGAAGGAGGUCAGGCGCGUCAGGCUGGUGGUGGACGAUCAACAGCCCCCCACCAAGCUCGCCAGAGUGUCCCGCCUAUCUAUCGAGGAGAAGGCAGCCCUGGAGUAUGUGUUUGGAGGCAUGCCCCAUGCCUGGCGCCGGUGA